AUGGAGUCCUACUUCCAGAGCCGCCGUAUUCGCCGCGAAGCAGAAGAAGAUCUGGCCAACGUUCAAGCCAAAUCUGUGCGCACCAGUACCUCGUCGCCCUCCCCAGAGGCAGGAGUAUUAGAGAAACCAGUCGUCUUCGAAGAUACUCCCCUCGUACCCGGUGUGACGAUCUCCCAGCCAGAUGGCGACAAGGGUGCGGUAGUCUUCGUGGUUGGCUGGAGGGAAAACGACCCUAGCAACCCGCAGAACUGGUCUCUGCUCCGCAAAUGGAUGGUCAUGUUGACUUGCUGUCUUGUUGCCAUUGCAAUGACAGUCCCCUCCUCGGUGGAGGGCGCGACCCAAGACGCCUUCGAUGCUCACUUCGGUGUAAACGCCAUGGCUGGAUCUAUGACGACCGGUAUCUUUCUUAUUGGAAUUGGUGUGGGCUCUCUGUUCUCAGGACCGUUUUCUGAGACCUUCGGCCGCAACAUCGUCUACUUCACUGCCCUGAUCCUCGUGAUCCUGUUCAUCAUGGCCAAGGCGCUGGCGCCAAACUACGGCGCCGCUCUCGCCUUCCGAUUCAUCUGUGCUCUCUUCGCAGCCACCCCAAUGACGGUGGCCGGUGGCACCGUCGGCGAUAUUUGGCAGCCUUUGCAAAUCCCCUUCGGUCUGCCCUUGGUCACCAUUGCUGCCUACUCGGGUCCGAUCCUGGGUCCCGUGAUCGGCGCCUACACGCCCAAGAUUGGCUACGUGUGGGCCGAUUGGAUCUCGAUGAUCAUCGCUGGCGUCUCUUUGGUCGUGGUUAUGCUUGCUCAGCCUGAGACCUUCAGCCCUGUUCUGCUGGAAUGGCGCGCGAAGCACCUGCGCGAGCUGACCGGUGACAACCGAUACCGGGCAGCCCACGCCUCCACAUCUGCGGACUCCCUCGGUCCCCGCCUGCUCAACAAUGUGUACCGGCCCUUUGUGAUGAUCUGGACUGAGCCCAUCAUUUUGAUCUUCAGCUUCUACCUGGUCUUGCUCUACUUUGUGCUGUUCACCUUCCUCAACGGCUACCCCUUCAUCUUCGCCAACGUAUACGGGAUCAGCACGAGCUUGACCUUCGUUAUCUUCGUCGCGAUGAUUCCCGGUGUCGUUGUCGCUCUGGCUAUGGUCCCUUUACUGUACGGCAUGACGAAGAAGGCGGCGAGACAGGCUGAGGCUGAGGGCAAGGCUUUGCAACCAGAGGUAUCGCUCUACUGGGCGAUGGCCGGCGCAUCGAUCUUAAUGCCAGUUUCCCUCUUUUGGAUGGCUUGGACCUGCUACGCCGAUAUCAGUAUCUGGUCGCCGAUUGUGGCCUCCGGCGUCUUCGGCUACGCACUCGUUUGCAUCUUCACCACGACCUAUAUGUACAUCAUCUUCGUGUACUUGCAGUAUGCAGCCUCGGCUCUUGGAUUCAUGACCUUCGCACGGUACGUUGUUGCUGGUGCCCUCAGCCCGGCCUCGGUCAAGAUGUACGAGAACAUCGGUCCUCACUGGUCGGUGACCAUUGUUGCUGUGCUUGCAACCCUCAUGGCACCCGUUCCUUAUGUGUUGUACAAGUAUGGACACAAGGUCCGGGCCAUGAGCAAGAAUGCCGUCAACAAGGCGUAG